AGAGAGCAUAUUCAAGUUAGAGAGAGAGAGAAGGCAUCUCUUUAUCCCUCAAAGACCUUUUUGGAGUCAUCAUCACUAUCGUCCCACUUCAGUGGAGGAAAACUAGUAAAACCCGCCAUUUGGAUCACCCCCAAUUUUGCUCAAGACUACUCUUCAGGAAACCCAUUCUCUUCCUCCUCCUCCUCCUCCUCCUCCUCCUCUGUCUCUGUGCUGUUCCAUUUCCACUAGAAAGCGGGGAGCUCGGGGAAUCUUCACCCCAGGAGCAAGACCCGAGUAGAGAAUACAGAGAUCCAUAUCCUUGCCCCCGAGGUGUUGGGAGAGAUAUGUCUGGUGUUCUUCUUUGGGUGGUUGGCCCCAAAGGGAACGCCGCGUCCCUGUUCAAUCUCGAGCCCAGGACGAGCAAGAAACAGAGGGCGCUGAGGUCGUACCCGAGGGUGCGCGUGGUGAGCGUGGUCUCGGCCGUCUCGAGCUCUGUGGCGAGCCCGUCGAGGUCUUCGGUGGACAGGGUGUACGAGGUCGUGCUAAAGCAAGCAGCUUUGGUGCGAGAGCAGAGGAGGGAGAAGGCCCUGGACGUGAAGAAGCCAGAGGAAGCGGAGGGAUUGACCGGCAGCGACUUGUUGAACACGGCCUACGAGAGGUGCGGCGAGGUCUGCGCCGAGUAUGCCAAGACGUUUUACCUGGGUACGUUGCUGAUGACACCGGAGCGACGAAGAGCUGUUUGGGCUAUCUACGUGUGGUGCAGGAGGACUGAUGAACUUGUGGAUGGACCGAACGCCACGCACAUCACUCCAAAGGCUCUGGAUAGAUGGGAGAAAAGGCUGAAUGAUCUCUUCGAGGGCCGUCCGUAUGACAUGUACGAUGCCGCUCUGGCAGACACCGUCUCGAAGUACCCCGUGGAUAUUCAGCCCUUCAAGGACAUGAUAGAGGGCAUGAGGCUCGACUUGAGAAAAUCGAGAUACAUGAACUUUGACGAGCUCUACCUUUAUUGCUACUACGUAGCCGGGACGGUUGGGCUAAUGAGUGUACCAGUCAUGGGGAUUGCGCCUGAAUCGAAGGCAUCCACAGAAAGCGUCUACAAUGCUGCAUUGGCGCUCGGGGUCGCUAAUCAGCUGACAAACAUACUCAGGGACGUCGGCGAAGAUGCUAGGAGAGGAAGGAUAUAUCUCCCGCAGGACGAGCUCGCACGUGCAGGGCUAUCCGAUGAGGACAUACUACGGGGGAAAGUGACCGACAAGUGGAAGGGAUUCAUGAAGGAGCAGAUAAAGCGGGCGAGGAAGUUCUUUGAUGAGGCCGAGAAGGGCGUCGUGGAGCUCAACGCGGCGAGCAGGUGGCCGGUGAUGGCGUCGCUGCUGCUGUACAAGCAGAUCCUGGACGCCAUCGAAGCCAACGACUACAACAACUUCACAAGGAGAGCCUACGUGGGGAAGGCGAAGAAGCUCAUAUUGCUGCCCGUGGCUUACGGAAGAGCACUCGUGGGGCCUUCAGCAGAUGGACGAGCUUGAUCAGGAUUUGACAGACGAGAACUUGGGCCUUUGGUUCAUUUGUUUUCUUUUUUUGGGAAGUGUUCCGCUUGUAGCGGAACAGGCUGAGCUCUGUAAAUUCCCCGUGUCGUGUAGAUGGAGCAGUCGCGUAUAAGUAGCCAGAAGUGGCUAGUGAAAUAAGGUUCUAUGAUCAGCUGAUUCAGCUCAGCGUUGAUUAUUAGUUUUUCCACUGUAUGAUGAAAUUAGGGAAGGAAGUAGAGGAUGUAAAGAUCACAUGUAAGGGACCAAUCAGUUCUUGU